AUGGCGGCCAAAGACGAUAGCAACACCCCCGCGGCAUUCGCAGACGAGAUGCAGAAGCAGACACGCAAAGAACGUCGCUUCGACGAGAUCGAGGCACAGCUCCCCAACCCAAAGCUGCCGACGCUACAGUCGGCCUUCGUGACCGCCAGCGGCAUCCUGUCGCACCUCGGCAGCUACAACCCCUGGGGCAGGCCGGUGACAGAUGACGAUAUUGUUUGGCUUCUCGACAACACGGCGUACAAGCCGUCCCGCCUGAGCAGCUGGCAGGCCGAGUUCGUCGCCGCAAUCUUUGAAAAGGAACCGAAAUGCACCGUCGUCGACAUUGUGCAGGGCGUCGCCGAGAAGCUUGGGCUCGCGGACGAUGCCGAGGAGCGUAAGACGAUUGAGGAGAGGAUCAUGCCUUUCCUCUGGGACGUGCAGCCGGCGCGGCACCUCCGCGUUGUGCAACAGAAGAAGGAGCUCAAGCUGGGUCCUUCGGGAUCGAAUGGCAUCACUACGGACACGCUCAAGAUCCACGAUCAGCCUACCGGUUCGACGGUUACGUCAAGUGCGGCGGUGCCGCGGGGCGCGACAGCGCUGUUGGAGAUGAAGACUUUCUUUGCUGCUCCAGAAGGCUGGGCAGUCAUUUCAGAUAUCGACGACACGAUCAAGUUGACGCAGACGAGCGACCCCAUCGGCAUCCUCCGCGAGACGUUUGUGAAUGAACCAAGGCCAAUCGAGGGCAUGCCGGAGCUGUACAGGAACAUUGCCGCACUCCUGCCGCAGGAAUCGCCGUGGUUCUACCUCUCGGCGUCACCCUACAACCUGUACCCGUUCCUGAGGGAGUUCCGCGACAAAUACUACCCGCCGGGGACCAUCAUCCUCCGCGACUCGAGCUGGAAGACGGUCGCGGGCCUGCUGUCGGCGCUGACGGUGGCGACAGAGCAGUACAAGGUGAAGCGGAUGAACAAGGUGCACGACUGGCUCCCCAAGCGGAAGUUCAUCCUCAUUGGCGACUCUACGCAAUCCGACCCCGAGGCGUAUGGAGACAUCUACCGCGAAUUCAAGGGCUGGGUCAAGCUCAUCUUGAUCCGCAAGGUCACCGACAUUGCAGCCAUCGGCAUCGCCGCCAAGAACGAGCCGGAGCGCUUCGAAAAGGCGUUCAAGAACAUUCCUCGCGACGAUUGGUUCGUCUUUGAGAACCCUGUCGACUGCAACAAGAUUGUUCGCGACACCGUUGCCCAGGCUUGA